GACCUCCGGGAAUUUGAAAACCACUUCAAAAUCUCUUGACCUUCAAUUUUUUUUUUCUUUCUUUUUUCUUGUCUUCUUUUUGACAGACGAUCAACAAUCAUGGGAAAGAAGCAAAUGAAAACAAAUAUACCUGGAGCAACACAACAACAUUUGCGAAUGAACUUUUUAUAUCAAGCAGCCAAUCUUAUGACUACAUUAUCUGAUCCAAUACCUUUACAAACAAAUCAACCACCGCCCUUAGAUACAACAACCAAAUCAGUGCAUCGUCGACGUAUUCAAUGGCAAGGAAAUCAAGGACUCCAUCCCUUAGGAAGAUAUUACAAUACAACCAUGAAAAAAAUUGGCAAACGGAUGGUGUUAAGACUGGAUCCUCAUAUCAAACGUAGCAUAUGUAAGCGAUGCAACAAUACAUUGAUACCCGCCAUGACCAGCAGUGUUCGUAUACAAUCCCGAGCUCAAGCCAUCAUGACGACUUGCAAUACCUGUGGACAACAAAAACGAUUAGGAGCUAGUGCUGAUUAUCAAUUAUUCAACGAUCGACGGGAUGUACAUUAUAAUCGAUCCGCCAGUGAUAAUGACGAUGAUGAUGAUGAUGAUAAUGGCAAGAUAGCGGAAAAUCAAGUAACUGUCAAUACUACGAAUCACAAAGGAAAGGGACGAACAUAG